GCGGGCGCUGAAGAGCUGGUUUUCUAUGUGAAUGGGAGGAAGAUAAUAGAGAAAAAUGCUGAUCCUGAACAAAUGCUGUUGUCUUACCUGCGAAAGAGACUUCGUCUUACAGGAACUAAGUAUGGCUGUGGAGGAGGUGGCUGUGGUGCCUGCACGGUGAUGAUAUCAACUUAUGAGCCAGCUUCAAAGAAGAUACGACAUUAUUCAGCAAAUGCAUGUUUGCUUCCCAUUUGCUCCUUGUACGGUGCAGCCGUCACCACGGUGGAAGGUGUUGGAAGUACAAAAACCAGGGUUCAUCCAGUUCAGGAAAGGCUUGCCAAGUGCCAUGGCUCCCAGUGUGGUUUCUGCUCCCCUGGAAUGGUGAUGUCCAUAUACACUUUGCUAAGAAACCACCCAGAACCAUCUUCAGAGCAGAUGAUUGCAGCUCUGGCUGGAAAUUUGUGCCGCUGUACUGGAUAUAGGCCGAUCUUAGAUGCCUGUAAAACCUUCUGUAAGGAAUCCAAUUGUUGUCAAAGGAAAGCCAGUGGAAAGUGUUGCUUGGAUGAGGAAGAUGAUUUGUUUGACAAGGAAGAGAAGGUUUCCACCAGACUAUUUUCAACAGAUGAAUUCCAGCCUUUGGAUUCCACUCAGGAGCUUAUAUUUCCUCCAGAACUAAUGAGAAUGGCUGAAAAUCAACCAAAAAGAACUCUGGUUUUUCAUGGGGAGCGAAUGACAUGGAUUUCUCCUGUACACUUAGAUGAAUUACUGGAUCUGAAAGCUGCCCACCCUAAAGCACCUCUUGUGGUUGGGAACACUGCUGUGGGACCUGAGAUGAAAUUUAAAGGCGUGUUCCAUCCAAUUGUUAUUGCUCCUGCAAGGAUCCCGGAGCUGAAUGUGGUGAAAUGCACGGAUGAUGGAUUAACCCUGGGAGCUGCCUGCAGCCUCUCUCUAGUGAAAGACAUCUUGACAAAUCUAAUCUCAGAGUUCCCUGAAGAGAAGACAAAGGUGUUCCGUGCUGUCUUGCAGCAGCUAAGAACUCUUGGUGGAGAACAGAUAAGAAAUGUUGCUUCAUUAGGUGGUAACAUCAUGAGUAGAAAAUCAACCUCAGACUUGAAUCCUAUUCUGGCAGCCAGCAACUGUAUGCUCAAUCUGGCUUCAAAAGGAAGAAAGCGACAGAUUCCUUUGAGUGAUAUUUUUGCAGAUGGAGUUGGUAACAAUACCAUUAUGCCAGAAGAGAUCUUAGUCUCUGUCCAUAUUCCCCAUUCUAGGAAGGGGGAGUACGUCUCUGCAUUUCGACAAGCACCACGACGGGAAAAUGCUCUCCCAAUAACCAAUGCUGGGAUGAGAGUCCUUUUUGAAGAAGGCACAGACAUAAUAAAGGAUUUAAGCAUUUUCUAUGGAGGUGCUGUCUCAACUACAAUCUGUGCAAAACAAGCCUGUUGGACACUUAACGGGAGACACUGGAAUGAACAGAUGUUGGAUGAAGCUUGCAGACUAGUUCUUAAAGAAAUUGCUCUUCCAGGCUCAGCCAGUGGUGAAAAAGUAGACUAUAAGAAAACUUUGAUAGUCAGUUUCUUCUACAGAUUUUUCCUGGAAGUAUUGCAGUCAUUGAACGCCACGGAUCCUUGCCACUAUCCUGGCAUACCUAUGGAAUAUAGGGAUGUCCUACAAGAUUUCCAAACCAAAAUGCCCCAGAGUAUCCAAAUAUAUCAGGACACAGAGCCGAGUCAGUCUCCCCAGGAUCCUGUAGGACGGCCCAUUAUGCACCAGUCUGGAAUUAAGCAUGCCACUGGUGAAGCAGUUUACAUUGAUGACCUUCCUUCUGUGGAUGGGGAGCUCUUCCUGGCUGUUGUCACUAGCUCCAGAGCUCAUGCUAAGAUUGUAUCUAUAGAUACCUCAGAGGCUCUAAAAGGACCAGGCGUGUUUGAUAUCAUAACAGCUCAUGAUGUACCAGCUACAAAUGAGUUUUACUACUCUGAUGAUCCAGAGAUUAUAUUUGCAAGAAACAAGGUAAUUUGUGUGGGUCAGAUUGUCUGUGCUGUGGUUGCGGAUUCAGAUGUUCAUGCCAAACAAGCAGCUGCAAAAGUGAAGAUAGAGUAUGAAGUCCUGGAACCAGUGAUCUUAACAAUUGAGGAAGCUAUAAAGCACAACUCAUUCUUUGAGCCAAAAAGAAAAUUAGAACAAGGAAAUGUUGAUCAGGCAUUUGAAACUGUUGAUAACAUAAUUGAAGGAGAGAUUCACAUUGGGGGACAGGAACACUUUUACAUGGAGACUCAGAGUGUGCUUGCUGUUCCAAAAGGAGAGGAUAAAGAAAUGGAUGUGUAUGUGUCAACACAGCAUCCAGCAAUUAUUCAGGAGAUGGUAGCUGCAAGUUUAGGCGUUCCAGCCAAUAGGAUCAUGUGCCAUGUUAAACGAGUUGGUGGAGCUUUUGGUGGGAAACUCCUGAAAGCUGGCUUACUGGCAUCAGUUGCUGCAGUGGCAGCAAACAAAACCAGCAGAGCAGUCCGUCUUAUUCUGAGCCGAGGGGAUGAUAUGUUAAUUACUGGUGGCCGACAUCCUUUUAUUGGUAAAUAUAAAGUUGGCUUCAUGAAUGAUGGUAGGAUCACAGCUGUGGAUGCCAAAUAUUACAUUAAUGGAGGAUGCACCCCUGAUGAAUCUGUCCUGGUAGCAGAAGUAGCCAUAUUAAAAAUGGACAAUGCAUACAAGAUUCCCAACUUGAGAUGCUGGGCUUAUGCCUGCAAAACAAACUUGCCAUCAAACACAGCGUUCCGAGGGUUUGGCUUUCCCCAGUCAGCACUGGUGACAGAAACUUGGAUAACAGGAGUUGCAGAUAAAACCGGUUUAUCACCAGAAAAGAUUAGGGAAAUAAAUAUGUAUAAGGAGAAUGACCAGACACACUUCAAACAAAAGUUUGAUCCACAAAACUUAGUACGGUGUUGGAAUGAAUGUAUGGAGAAAUCUGCAUAUUACAGUAGGAAAACAGCUAUUAAUGAAUUUAACAAACAAAAUUACUGGAAGAAAAAAGGGAUUGCCAUUGUACCAAUGAAGUUUCCAUUUGGACUAGGCACACGUUAUCUUUCCCAGGCUGCUGCUCUGGUUCAUAUUUAUACUGAUGGGUCUGUGCUUCUGACACAUGGUGGAAUUGAAAUGGGGCAGGGUAUUCAUACAAAAAUGAUCCAGGUUGCUAGUCGGGAAUUGAACAUCCCCAUGUCAUGUAUUCACUUUUGUGAAACAAGCACAACAACUGUUCCUAAUGCAUGUGCCUCAGCAGGAUCUGCAGGGACAGAUGUCAAUGGCAUGGCUGUGAAGGAUGCUUGCCAAACUCUUCUAAAACGCCUGCAAUCUAUCAUCAACAGGAACCCAAAAGGGACCUGGAAUGAUUGGAUUAAAGAAGCUUUUGAACAGAGUGUGAGUCUUUCAGCUACUGGCUACUUUAGAGGUUACAAUGAAAACAUGGAUUGGGAGAAAGGGGAAGGACAGCCAUUCACAUAUUUUCUUUUUGGAGCUGCUUGUUCAGAGGUUGAAAUUAACUGUCUAACAGGAGAUCACAAGAACCUCAGAACAGACAUUGUUAUGGACAUUGGAUGCAGCAUAAAUCCAGCUGUGGAUAUAGGACAGAUCGAAGGUGCCUUUGUACAAGGCAUUGGACUGUACACAAUGGAGGAAUUAAAGUACUCUCCAGAAGGAGUCCUCUAUACUCGGGGUCCAGAUCAGUAUAAGAUCCCUGCUGUUUGUGAUAUUCCAGAACGGUUUAGUGUUUCCCUGCUGUCAUCUUCCCAAAAUCCUUAUGCCAUCUAUGCAUCCAAGGGGAUAGGUGAGGCAGGACUUUUCUUGGGAUGCUCUGUGUUCUUCGCUUUGAGAGAUGCAGUAACUAGUGUGAGGAAUGAAAGAGGAAUGAACAAGACCUUUGCACUGAACAGUCCUCUGACUGCUGAACAAAUACGAGCAGGCUGUGCAGAUGACUUUACUGAGAUGAUGACAAACGAUGAAUCUGCUUCCUCCACUCCUUGGGCCAUAUCUGUGUGA